AUGGCCUCUUCAUCGAAUUCUUCCUUGCCCGCCGUACUAGUUUUUAAUGGAGUUCACUACCACAUAUGGGUAGUGAAAAUGAAGAGUUUUUUACAAGCAGCUGAUUUAUGGGAUGUUGUCGAAAUAGAUGGAAAUUUUCCAACUAUGCUUGAGAAUCCUACGGUGGCUCAAAUACAGUUGUAUAAGUCAGAAACCAAGAAAAAGAGCAAGACUUUAUCUUUCUUGCACUCUGCGAUUGCUGACAAUAUUUUUGUCAAGAUUGUGUACUGCACUACUACCAAACAAGUAUGGGAGAAGUUGCAACAAGAAUAUCAAGGUUCAAAGAAGACUCGAACUAUGAAGAUAAUCACAUUGAAAAGACAACUUGAGAAUACUAGAAUGAAUGACACGGAGAGUGUUUCACAAUAUUCAGAUAGGAUUAUGAAAUUGGUGAAUGAAAUGAGAAUUUUGGGAAAAGAUCUCUCUGAGGAAAGAAUUGUAGCGAAAGUUCUUGUGAGUUUGCUAGAGAAGUUUGAGUCAAAAAUUUCUUCUCUAGAGGAUUCAAGAGAUAUCACUUCAAUAUCUCUUGCUGAUUUGAUGAGUGCUCUUGUGCCUCAAAAGCAACAAAGGAAGAUGCGAAAGAAGUUUUGCUACCGAAAACAGGAGCAACAGAAUCUAGAACCAUUAGUUCAACAAAACCAGCAAUUGAAUGUUGCAGAAGAAGAGAAAAAUGAAGAAUAUUUGUUUAUGAUGAUGGAUGCUCAAAAACAAAAUCACUCCUGGAUUAUUGAUAGUGGGUGUACUCAACACAUGACAAGUAAUGCAAAGUUGUUCACUCAUAUAGAAAAGUCAAAUGGAGUGGUUCGAAUGAGAAAUGGAGAAAAAGUGCCAAUCACAGGAAAAUGCACUGUGGCCUUGCAAACAAAUUCAGACUCUAAUGGUCUAGAAUUUAAAUGUGUUCCUAUGAAAAAUAAAAGCUUUGUGGUGGAUUGGAACACUAUAGAACCUUAUGCAUUGUGUAGUAGACAUGAAGAUGAAUCACUGCUUUGGCAUAAAAGGUUGGGGCAUUGUAAUUUUAACUCUAUUCAACUAGCACAGAAGAAAAAUUUUGUGAGUGAUUUACCCAGUAUUGAAGUUAGUGAUAAGAUUUUGGAGUUCAGCACCAAUUCAUAG